CAAACAACAACAGCAAAAUGAGCGGCCGCGGAAAGACCGGAGGAAAAGCCCGAGCCAAGGCCAAGACCCGCUCCUCCAGAGCCGGACUCCAGUUCCCGGUGGGUCGCGUUCACAGGCUGCUGCGCAAAGGCAACUACGGCGAGCGGGUCGGUGCCGGAGCCCCCGUCUAUCUGGCCGCCGUGCUCGAGUAUCUGACCGCUGAGAUCCUGGAGCUGGCCGGGAACGCCGCCCGCGACAACAAGAAGACCCGCAUCAUCCCGCGUCACCUGCAGCUGGCCGUGCGCAACGACGAGGAGCUCAACAAGCUGCUGGGUGGAGUCACCAUCGCUCAGGGUGGAGUGCUGCCCAACAUACAGGCGGUGCUGCUGCCCAAGAAGACCGAGAAGGCCGCUAAGGCCAAGUAGACAAACCCAGACACCCCGCUGCGCUGGAAACUAAACAACCAAAGGCUCUUUUAAGAGCCACACACUAAACUGGAAGA